AUGAUCAACCAAAACAUCACACAGCGGAGGAAAGAAAUCGUGGUGAAUAUUCCGACAAACAAUUCUUUUGAGUCACUAUCAGAAGGUCUGGACUCUGAAAGUGAAGUAGAUUACAGUGCACCUAAUUCUGACACACCUAAUAAAAAUAGUACGAGUAACUUACCCCGAAGUAGUAGCAGUUCAGAGAUCCGCAAUGCUAAGAUGACAAAUGAACUAGAGCAUGUCAAAGAAAAAAUUACAAAUUUAGAAAUGCAGCUAAAGUCAGCUGAAAAGACAGAUGAACCAGAAUCAGAAUCACCACAGGAACAAAUCAAACAGUCAGCGACCUUAGGAGAAGAACCAAGACUUCUAGGUCACAAAAAUGUAAACGGCACUAAAAUGAAGACUGAGAAUAUAGCACCUUCCGUCGAUAAAGACAUGAAACCUAAACAGCUGGAAUCACAGAAAGAACAGAAAAACAAAGUUGUUAUAAUUGGUGAUGAGCAAAUUGCCGGCCCCCAUUCACGGGCGUACCAAUCCGGUGGAUUUGUCGCUGGCGACAAGUCCGCGGAAAAAUCAGCGUGUGAAUGGAUAGGUGGGUGCGACUCGCGGUACCGCGCGGCGCUCGCCGUCUGGGUAUGGUUCAACAUUGGGGAUAUCCUGUACCAAUACCUGCAAGGCAAGUGUGAUGAGCUCAAUGGUCUACUGAGGUCAUAUCAUCAGUGCCAGAACAUCCAUGAAGCUGCUUUGUCUCAAAUCCACAGCCUAGAACAACAGCUGGCUGAAGCCAACGGAGAGCUCCAAAGACGGAAUGAGGAGAAAGUGCGGGAUGAAAAUGAUAAAACCAUCGCUUUUCCCCAGAUGUCAGCAUCACCUGAGCAGCCAGCAGACAGUGUCCUACCAACUGACGCUCAGCUGCCACCAGCCUGCAAUCUUCAUGAGAACCAGCCUACUACAGUCUGCAACGACGAGACAGACGUCCAAACGACCAGCCCGUCACCGUGCGACCAGCCCGAGAUUGCCCUAUCUUCAACACCGUGUACCGGCCUGCUUCGAGAAGCUCCUUAUGAGACAAUUGUUUUCUCUGAUAAGCUAGUACUUCCAAUAAAAACUAGACCACCACUAUCAGUUCUACCAAUAAAAACUAAACCACCUCUAUCAGUUCUACCAAUAAAAACUAGACCACCACUAUCAGUUUUACCAAUAAAAACUACUCCACCACUAUCAAUAAUACCAAUAAAAACUAACCCACCACUAACAUUUAAAACUAGACCACCAAAAAUAACCACAAUAACAAUACCCACAAAAAAAACAAGGCCUACUAGUGGAACUACAAAACAAACUACCAAAGGAACUACGAAAGCGCAUACUAAAGAGAGUACUAAACAGCCAACUAAAGGAACAACUAAAAGGCCAACGAAAGUAACUACAAAAGAAACUACUACUAAACGGCAUAUAGAAGAAACUACUAAAAGGCCUACUAAAGAACCUACAAAACAAACUACCAAAGGGUCUACGAAAGCGCAUACUAAAGAAACAACUAAAAACCCUACGAAAAAAACUACUACUAAACUAUCACCACUACCAUAUAAAACUAGACCACCAAAAAUAACCAGAAGAACAAUACCCACAAAAAAAACAAGGCCUACUAGAGGAACUACAAAACAAAAUACCAAAGGAACUACGAAAUCGCAUACUAAAGGGAGUACUAAACAACCAAUUAAAGAAACUACUAAAAGGCCUACUAAAGAACCUACAAAACAAACUACCAAAGGAACUACGAAAGCGCAUACUAAGGGGAGUACUAAACAACCAAUUAAAGAAACUACUAAAAGGCCUACUAAAGAACCUACAAAGCAAACUACCAAAGGAACUACGAAAGCGCAUACUAAGGGGAGUACUAAACAACCAAUUAAAGAAACUACUAAAAGGCCUACUAAAGAACCUACAAAACAAACUACCAAAGGAACUACGAAAGCGCAUACUAAAAGGAGUACUAAACAGCCAACUAAAGGAACAACUAAAAGGCCUACGAAAGAAACUACUAAAGGAACUACUACUAAACGGUUUACAAAAGAAACUACUAAAAGGCCUACUAAAGGACCUACAAAACAAACUACCAAAGGAACUACGAAAGCGCAUACUAAGGGGAGUACUAAACAGCCAAUUAAAGAAACUACUAAAAGGCCUACGAAAGAAACUACUAAAGGAACUACUACUAAACGGUUUACAAAAGAAACUACUAAAAGGCCUACUAAAGGACCUACAAAACAAACUACCAAAGGAACUACGAAAGCGCAUACUAAGGGGAGUACUAAACAGCCAAUUAAAGAAACUACUAAAAGGCCUACUAAAGAACCUACAAAACAAACUACCAAAGGAACUACGAAAGCGCAUACUAAAGGGAGUACUAAACAGCCAACUAAAGGAACAACUAAAAGGCCUACGAAAGAAACUACUAAAGGAACUACUACUAAACGGUUUACAAAAGAAACUACUAAAAGGCCUACUAAAGGACCUACAAAACAAACUACCAAAGGAACUACGAAAGCGCAUACUAAAGAAACAACUAAAAGGCCUACGAAAGUAACUACUCAAGAAACUACUACUAAACGGUUUACAAAAGAAACUACUAAAAGACCUACUAAAGAACCUACAAAACAAACUACCAAAGGAACUACGAAAGCGCAUACUAAAGGGAGUACUAAACAGCCAACUAAAGCAACAACUAAAAGGCCUACGAAAGAAACUACUAAAGGAACUACUACUAAACGGUUUACAAAAAAAACUACUAAAAGGCCUACUAAAGGACCUACAAAACAAACUACCAAAGGAACUACGAAAGCGCAUACUAAAGGGAGUACUAAACAGCCAACUAAAGCAACAACUAAAAGGCCUACGAAAGAAACUACUAAAGGAACUACUACUAAACGGUUUACAAAAGAAACUACUAAAAGGCCUACUAAAGGACCUACAAAACAAACUACCAAAGGAACUACGAAAGCGCAUACUAAGGGGAGUACUAAACAACCAAUUAAAGAAACUACUAAAAGGCCUACUAAAGAACCUACAAAGCAAACUACCAAAGGAACUACGAAAGCGCAUACUAAAGGGAGUACUAAACAGCCAACUAAAGGAACAACUAAAAGGCCUACGAAAGAAACUACUAAAGGAACUACUACUAAACGGUUUACAAAAGAAACUACUAAAAGACCUACUAAAGAACCUACAAAACAAACUACCAAAGGAACUACGAAAGCGCAUACUAAAGGGAGUACUAAACAGCCAACUAAAGGAACAACUAAAAGGCCUACGAAAGAAACUACUAAAGGAACUACUACUAAACGGUUUACAAAAGAAACUACUAAAAGGCCUACUAAAGGACCUACAAAACAAACUACCAAAGGAACUACGAAAGCGCAUACUAAAGAAACAACUAAAAGGCCUACGAAAGUAACUACUCAAGAAACUACUACUAAACGGUUUACAAAAGAAACUACUAAAAGACCUACUAAAGAACCUACAAAACAAACUACCAAAGGAACUACGAAAGCGCAUACUAAAGGGAGUACUAAACAGCCAACUAAAGGAACAACUAAAAGGCCUACGAAAGAAACUACUAAAGGAACUACUACUAAACGGUUUACAAAAGAAACUACUAAAAGGCCUACUAAAGAACCUACAAAACAAACUAUCAAAGGAACUACGAAAGCGCAUACUAAAGGGAGUACUAAACAGCCAACAAAAGGACCUACAAAACAAACUACCAAAGGGUCUACGAAAGCGCAUACUAAAGAAACAACUAAAAGGCCAACAAAAGAAACUACUACUAAACUAUCACCACUACCAUAUAAAACUAGACCAACAAAAAUGACCAGAAGAUCAAUACCCACAAAAAAAACAAGGCCUACUAGUGGAACUACAAAACAAACUACCAAAGAGUCUACGAAAGCGCAUACUAAGGGAAGUACUAAGCAGCCAACUAAAGAAACAAUCAAAAGGCCUACUAAAGAACCUACAAAACAAACUACCAAAGGAACUACGAAAGCGCAUACUAAAGGGAGUACUAAACAGCCAACUAAAGGAACAACUAAAAGGCCUACGAAAGAAACUACUAAAGGAACUACUACUAAACGGUUUACAAAAGAAACUACUAAAAGGCCUACUAAAGAACCUACAAAACAAACUACCAAAGGAACUACGAAAGCGCAUACUAAAGGGAGUACUAAACAGCCAACUAAAGGACCUACAAAACAAACUACCAAAGGGUCUACGAAAGCGCAUACUAAAGAAACAACUAAAAGGCCAACGAAAGAAACUACUACUAAACUAUCACCACUACCAUAUAAAACUAGACCAACAAAAAUAACCAGAAGAUCAAUACCCACAAAAAAAACAAGGCCUACUAGUGGAACUACAAAACAAACUACCAAAGAGUCUACGAAAGCGCAUACUAAGGGAAGUACUAAGCAGCCAACUAAAGAAACAAUCAAAAGGCCUACUAAAGAACCUACAAAACAAACUACCAAAGGAACUACGAAAGCGCAUACUAAAGGGAGUACUAAACAGCCAACUAAAGGAACAACUAAAAGGCCUACUAGAGGAACUACAAAACAAACUACUAAAAUGCCUUCUAGAGGAACAACAAAACAAACUACUACUAAACGGAGAGAAACAGAGGAAUCAUCGGCCGAAAGUGAAACAGAGGAAUCAUCGGCCGAAAGUGAAACAGAGGAACCAGCGGGCGAGAAUGAAACAGAGGAACCAGCGGGCGAGAAUGAAACAGAGGCACCAGCGGCCGAGAGCGAAACAGAGGAACCAGCGGCCGAGAAUGAAACAGAGGAACCAGCGGGCGAGAAUGAAACAGAGGAACCAGCGGGCGAGAAUGAAACAGAGGAACCAGCGGGUGAGAAUGAAACAGAGGAACCAGCGGCCGAGAAUGAAACAGAGGAACCAGCGGGCGAGAAUGAAACAGAGGAACCAGCGGGUGAAUAUGAAACAGAGCAACCAGCGGCCGAGAAUGAAACAGAGGAACCAGCGGCCGAGAGUGAAACUGAUAACCCAGCAGCUGAAAAUGAAACUGAUAACCCAGCAGCUGAAAAUGAAACUGAUAACCCAGCAUCUGAAAAUGAAACUGAUAACCCAGCAGCUGAAAAUGAAACUGAUAACCCAGCAGCUGAAAAUGAAACUGAUAACCCUGCAGCUGAAAGUGAAACAGAUAACCCUGCAGCUGAAAUUGAACCAGAUGUCCCAGAAGGUGAAAAUGAACCAGAUGUCCCAGCAGCUGAAAUUGAACCAGAUGUCCCAGAAGGUGAAAUAGAACCAGAUGUCCCAGAAGGUGAAAAUGAACCAGAUGUCCCAGCAGCUGAAAAUGAACCAGAUGUCCCAGCAGCUGAAAAUGGACCAGAUGGCCCAGAAGGUGAAAAUGUACCAGAUGUCCCAGCAGCUGAAAUUGAACCAGAUGUCCCAACACCUGACAUGGAACCAGAUGUCCCAGCACCUGUUAUUGAACCAGUUGGCCCAGCACCUGAUAUUGAACCAGAUGUCCCAGUAGCUGAAAUUGAACCAGAUGUCCCAGCAGCUGAAAAUGAAGCAGUUGUCCCAGCACCUGAUAUUGAACCAGAUGUCCCAGCAGCUGAAAUUGAACCAGAUGUCCCAGCACCUGAUAUUGAUGUAGAUGUCCCAGCACCUGAUAUUGAACCAGUUGUCCCAACACCUGAUAUUGAACCAGUUGUCCCAACACCUGAUAUUGAACCAGUUGUCCCAGCAUCAAAUAUUGAAGUAGAUGUCUCAGUAGCUGGAAUUGAACCAGAUGUCCCAGCAUCUUAUAUUUCAGUAUAUCGUUUGCGUGGUAAAAGUAAGUCAUAA